UUCCGAUGUCAUUCCGAGUCUAACUCUGUUAUCGCUCACUUCGUGUGCUAACCCGUGUAACAAGUGCUUUAAAAUGUCGUACGAAAUGUUGUCUUCCACCGUCGAGGAACCCCAACCAAUCUCGAGAACCUACCAGUACAGGAAGGUCAUGAAACCGAUGCUGGAAAGAAAACGGAGGGCAAGGAUUAACCGUUGCCUGGAUGAACUCAAAGAACUAAUGGUGACAGCCCUGCAGAGUGAAGGAGAAAACGUCUCAAAACUGGAAAAAGCCGAUAUUUUGGAACUAACAGUGCGCCACCUUCACAAACUUCGUCGCCAGCAAAGACUAUCCACCAACCCCGUCAUCGAUGCGGACCGAUUCAGAGCAGGGUAUACGCAUUGCGCCAACGAGGUGUCCAGGUGCCUUGCCGCCAUCCCUGGAGUCGACGUCCAGUUGGGAACAAAACUGAUGACCCACCUAGGUCACCGCCUCAAUGAUAUGGACAAAGUGUCGCCACUAGUGAUUCAAGUGUCUUCUGCUUACACACCCCCUGGUUCCCCCAACUUGGAAGGGAUCACCCACAAUUACGCAAUGCCUUUGACGCCUGCAUCCUCCACGUCUUCGAGGCACUCUCCAUCCCCGAGUCAGCCAAUGGAUUGCUCCACCGCCGGGCUGUUAAAAGUGGCGCAAAAAGAAGAAGUCUGGAGGCCCUGGUGAAGGGAAAACUUUUAAAAAAUUUGUAUUUGUAAAUAUUUUGAACAAAUCUCACUUUGUCUUUCAUAACAAUUUGUUGCUCAAUUGCUUUAAUAUGUAGAUUUAGUUUUAGAGAAAGAUCUCUCUCCCUUUAUAAAAAAAGCUUUAAAUUUAUUUUUAGGGGUGAAUUAUUAGAUUUAAUCGUUUUGUGAUAUUGAUGUCAGUACCUGUGAUUUCCAAGGCAAUUUAAUUAACGAAAUCAAAAAAAUGUGUUUAUUAUGCCUUAUUUUUUGUAAUAUCUGUAUUGCAAGCAUUACUGUGAUACAAUUAUCGUAUUUUUGAUAUUGAAAAUACUACGUUUUUUAAAUAAAUAUGAUUUGUUAUAUA